UUCUAAAUUAAUGUAUAUUUUUAUUUGAAAUGAAAUGAGUGUGACUUUUAUCUCUACUCAAAAUAUAACAAGGUUAAUAAAGGAUCUUUCUUAGAGAGUAGCUCAAAACAUGUAUAUGCGUGUUUUUGUCGAGAUAUUCUAUUCCUAUCAAACUCAAUAUGGCACAAUCAUGAAAGUGAACAGGACAGAAGUUAGCAAAGCACACCGAAUUGCAAAUAGGUGUAGAAUAAAAGGCCUUUUGUUUAGUACUACACCUUAGUUUUGUAAUCAGCCAAUGUCAAAAAAAAAAAAACUCAAUAUGCAUUUCAUUACUCAAAAGAAAGUAUUUUCAAGUAGCAAACAUAUCAUACAUUCAUACUUAUGCAAUCUUAUACUUCUAUGUCUUAUAGGUUAAGAUCAUAUGUCUCGAUUUGUGUCUCAUCUCAUGUCGGUCCAAUACAUAUUCUUAAUUUUCACACAUCACAUUUUAUAUUUACCCCAAAAGAAUAUAUGUAGUAUAAUUUAGACAAACUAUGUUUUAAGAACCAAGAUUGAGUGAUACACAAAUGCAAGUAAGUUAAUAUAGGGGUAAAUUCAAAUUCUAAGUUAAAAUGAGAAAACGUUAAGCAUCAGACAACAUGAUACAUUGAUAACCACAAAAAAAACCUCAAAUCACAAAAUCCAUACUUUAAUACUUCACUCAUCUAUUUGAUUCCAGGGAUUGCUCGUGCCCUAGCAUUCUAAUAACUACUCCUUAUAAGUUUAGGUCCCGUUAGGUAUCAUUUUUAUCUUCUAUUUUCUAUUUUUUACAAAAAACUUAAAAAUCAAAAAUAAAAACUGAAAACUGGAAACUGAAAGUGAUACCGAACCGGGCCUACCUUUUCUAAAAACCGAGUGAGUCCAUAUUUAUAAAGAGCUGGAGAAAAAAAAUAUCAGGAGGAAACAGUUAAAAGGCCCAGAAAGAAACAGGCCAAGAAGGGAGCCCAGAGUUCAUCUAUCAAAACCACCCAGUCUAAACAAACUAACAACUAAUCCAGACCCAAUUCCCAGAAAAAGAGAACUUUUCUCCAGAAAAUACACACAGAAGGAACUACAGGCAACAAUGGUGGUGAUUUUCUCUCACUUCGCUUCUGGUUGCUUUCGCCACUCCGUAUUUUCUCUCUCUAAAAUCUACAAUCAUCAUCUUCUACAUUACACUUUUCAAAAUCCUAUCCACAAUUUCAGUUCUACUUGUCUAAGGUUUCGAACUCGGGUCACCAAUUCAUCUGAGGCUAUCUGUAUUGAAGAAAAUGGCGGCAGUAGUGGUGCUGCUGAUGUAAUUAGAAGCCCUAAUCUCGUUGCUUUGGAGUAUGCUGACCUUAAUCUUCCUCUUAUUUGCGAGGGCGUUCCUUACUCUAGAACCGAGGUGGGUAAUAUCCGAGUCCGGCAGCAUGUUAAUCCUCUUAGUUCAACUUUAUCUGUCCCAGCAGAGGUGCCUGAUUGGAAUGAUGUGUUUAGGGAUUCUUCAUUACCUCUGAUAGUGGACAUUGGCUGUGGUAGUGGCAGAUUUCUCUUAUGGCUAGCCAAAAGGAACUUUGGUUCUAAUUAUUUGGGACUUGAAAUACGCAAAAAAUUGGUGACGCGUGCUAAUUUUUGGGCAAAGGAACUGAAUCUUUUAAAUUCACAUUUCAUGUUUGCCAAUGCUACAAUUUCUUUCCAGCAGCUGGCGUCCUCUUAUCCUGGUCCGUUGGUGUUGGUUUCAGUCCUGUGUCCAGAUCCUCACUUUAAGAAAAGGCACCAUAAAAGAAGAGUUUUGCAGAAGCCACUGGUUGACUCUAUUGUGGAUAAUCUAGCAUCAGGUGGGCAGGUAUUUGUGCAGUCUGAUGUGCAUGAGGUGGCAGUUGACAUGAGAAAUCAGUUUGACAUUGUGUCGGAUAUGCUACACAUUGAUACAGUUGACCCUAAUUUUGGUUGCGAUCCUGAUGGGUGGCUUGUGAGUAAUCCAAUGGGGAUUAGGACUGAGAGAGAGGUUCAUGCAGAACUUGAAGGUGCUAAAAUGUAUAGACGAAUGUAUCAGAAGAGAACAUAAUAUUAUUGUUGGUUCAAGCCUCAUUCCUUUCAUGCCCAUUUGCAAUUCUCCGUCUUACAUUGCAGCCAGCAUGAUUUUAAUCUUGUGCUAAGAUAUAGGAGACCGAAUUGCGGUGGUUCGGGCAUGUGAGACAUCAACCUGAAGAUGCUGAGGAAGGCCAGAGAUGACUUGGAUAGGAGUUGAUAAUGAUACAAAGAAUUUGGGUUUACUAGAGCAUGUAGAACUUGAUAACCACUGCCCACUGGAGAUCAAAUUGUUGUUUUGGUGGUAGUCAUCGUCUGUUUUAGCUCUUUAGGAAGUUUUCUUAUAUCUGCUGCUUUGGUAAGUGGCUCAUAAAACUUCAUUCAGUCAGUUACUAUACAAUUUAUUCUCGUUUCCCAUACAAGCCAUGAUCUAUUCUGCUGGCAAAUGUGAUUUGGAAUUUUGGUGACUUCACUGCUGUUGCUAAGAAUUGGAGAUUAUGGUUCUUCUUGUUCAAUACAAUAGAUUAUGCUUGUGCAGAACUAAUUCACAGAAA